UCCUCAGGGUCAAAGUCAAAGUGGUGGCCAUGGUCCUGGGGGUGGCAAGAAGGAUGACAAGGACAAGAAAAAGAAAUAUGAACCUCCAGUUCCUACCAGAGUGGGGAAAAAGAAGAAGAAAACAAAGGGGCCAGAUGCUGCUAGCAAACUUCCACUGGUGACACCUCAUACUCAGUGCAGACUAAAAUUGCUAAAAUUGGAGAGAAUUAAAGAUUAUCUCCUCAUGGAAGAAGAGUUCAUUAGAAAUCAGGAGCAGAUGAAACCACUGGAAGAAAAGCAAGAGGAGGAGAGAUCCAAGGUGGAUGAUCUGAGAGGGACUCCGAUGUCGGUUGGCACCCUGGAGGAGAUUAUUGACGAUAACCAUGCUAUUGUGUCUACGUCAGUGGGUUCAGAGCAUUACGUCAGUAUUCUGUCUUUUGUGGACAAGGAUCUUCUGGAACCAGGUUGCUCUGUUUUGCUCAACCACAAGGUUCACGCUGUGAUAGGAGUUCUGAUGGACGACACAGACCCCCUUGUUACAGUGAUGAAAGUGGAGAAAGCGCCUCAGGAAACCUAUGCUGAUAUUGGUGGACUGGAUAAUCAAAUUCAAGAAAUUAAGGAAUCUGUGGAGCUUCCUCUCACCCAUCCUGAAUAUUAUGAGGAGAUGGGUAUCAAGCCACCCAAAGGAGUCAUUCUGUAUGGUCCACCUGGCACAGGUAAAACACUGUUAGCCAAAGCUGUAGCAAACCAGACCUCGGCAACCUUCCUGAGAGUUGUUGGCUCUGAGCUAAUACAGAAGUACCUUGGGGAUGGUCCAAAGCUUGUUCGGGAGCUGUUCCGAGUAGCAGAGGAGCAUGCACCGUCGAUUGUAUUCAUCGAUGAAAUUGACGCCAUUGGCACCAAGAGGUACGAUUCAAAUUCUGGAGGUGAAAGAGAAAUUCAACGAACAAUGUUGGAGUUGCUGAACCAGUUGGAUGGCUUUGACUCUAGAGGAGAUGUGAAAGUUAUUAUGGCAACGAACCGAAUAGAAACUUUGGAUCCUGCAUUAAUCAGACCAGGUCGUAUCGACAGGAAGAUCGAGUUUCCCCUGCCAGAUGAAAAGACAAAGAAGCGCAUCUUUCAGAUUCAUACCAGCAGAAUGACUUUAGCUGAUGAUGUAACUUUAGAUGAUCUGAUCAUGGCUAAAGAUGAUCUCUCUGGAGCAGAUAUAAAGGCAAUCUGUACCGAAGCUGGCUUGAUGGCUUUGAGAGAACGCAGAAUGAAAGUAACAAAUGAAGACUUUAAAAAAUCAAAAGAGAAUGUUCUUUAUAAAAAGCAAGAAGGUACCCCAGAGGGACUCUAUCUCUAAUUUAGCCAACUUGCCUAUCAGAGCUGUGAGGAAAUUACCUUGUCUUAAAAACAUCUGUGGAAAUCUGCAGGAGGGGAAGGAGAGAAUAUAUCCCUGUUUGCUUCUCUUUGGGCAAAACAAAGCAUUUUAUAUAUCUUACAUCUGGUACUGGGAGGGGUACUCACCAGCCUGUACUAGUUAUUGUUCACCACAAUCCUGAGAAUUUCGCAAUAAAACAUGAGCUGUUUCAGAAA